GUCAUUACUGAGUGAGAAGUUCUUUCGGCUCGCAUAUCGCAUGCACUGAGUGUACUCAUGCCGAGCUUGUCGGAACACUCCGCAUUAUGCAAAAAUAUGGAGUGCGAGGCCUUCGUGGUAUAGAUAAUACAGCCAAACAAUAACCCAGGUCAUUUAUUCGGCUAUCUGAGCUGUCAUAACAAGAUGAUCGUGUCCAUUAAAGCACACAACGCAAAACAAACUAAAGGCUUUCUUUACAUCACGGCGCGUCACAUGUCGUUUUCGGUUCGCGUGCUGUGAUUGGCUAGCGAUUGUUAGAGCAAUUUUUCCGCUAAUUGGUUGUUUGAUGCUAUUGGUUGCUGUGUCUCGCAGUAGAGAGAGAGUCUUGACGUCGGGUUAAUACUAGCCAUGCACAACUCACUCUUGGAUAUAUUGCAGGGAAUUCAAGAGGGCUAAUGUGGGCCUUCGCUUCAAGUCGCAAUCAUGCGGGUGCUACUAAGCACGGUCUUGCUCUUUCAAAUCGUCGUAGCAAAUCAAGAUAUUCUGUGCUGUAAGCGAGCAUCGGGCUUCAAGCGAUGUCGAAGCGCAUGCAACGAGUAUGUUGCCCAAACAUACGUUCGAAAGCGCUUCGCUCAACUGAAAGAGCUACCCAAGCACUGCCCGGGCUACUUGACGGAUUUCUGGAGCUGUCUGAACCGCAGUAACUCCGUUGACCAAUAUGUGGAUUCCAAAAUGGCAAACCAUGCUGGCAUUUGCUGCCUGCUCACGUCUCUCCCACACUGCCGGCAGGAUUGCUUAAAAGGAAAGCUUUUGGCAUUGAACAAGAGCUGCCCCCAGGCCUCCGACCAGCAUGCUCAUCUACACUCAUGCAUAGAUAGACAUCAAGAAACAGCAAAGUGUUGUAGGAGUGCCUCUAAAGAUUGUGUCAAGGCUUGUAAAGUGAUUUUUUCUUCUGAAAAACCACCAAAAAUGUCAGCGAAGAAGAGAGUGCGAGAGCAAUGUGCAAUUGGGGGCCAGCAUGUUAUCAACUGUGUAGAAAACUCAGUUCCCACUGGUUGCCCAAAGGGGAAGUCGGACUGUGAAAGCCAAUCAGGUGAACAGCUGAGAUGCUGUGACUUGGCUGGGGAGGAACAAUGCAAAAAAGGAUGUAAAAGAGUUCUGCUGAAAAUGGACAAUGCUAAGGAAUCUAUGGAGGGUCUCACCAAUGCAUGCAAGGAGCCGCUUCAGGAGAAAGCCAAUCAAAAAAUGUGGAAUUGCCUUCUCUCUCCUGUUGUGCGAGAUCCGACACCAUUACCUAUUACAGGUAUGAUAAGCAUUGACGGAGCCAAGCUUCAAUGUUGUUCCAAAGCACUUUCAUCUCUGUGCUGGCGGUUGUGCAUUACAAUGUUCACAUCGUCAUGGGAUGGGUCACAAAACUACCAGCAGUUUGACAGGCAGUGUACCUACAAUCCCAAAGAGGCAAAUCUAAUGAACUGCAUAGCAGAUGUCACAAAGCCUUGCCAAUUGGGCUGCAGUGGCUUGAAUUUUUGUACAAAUUUCAACAACAGACAUACUGAACUGUUUAGGAGUUGUGACGCUAAGUCUGACUCCCAUGCCAAGUACCACAUGCAGGACUGGGAAAAGGGGAUUAUCAAUAUGCCUGGAAUGCCGAUUCCAGUCCAGGACAUUAAAACAUGCUUGCCAGAUACUUGGAAGACGAUCGCAUGUGUCCUACAAAUUAAGCCUUGCAGUAUAAAAUCACACAGGAGCACCAUAUGCAGGGCUGACUGCAUCCGCAUUUUGAACCAAUGUGGAAAUGCCACACUAAUGCAUCAACAACCACCUGAAGAGGUGUGCAACAAGCUUUCUCCCAUGGUAGACCAGUCAAGCUGCAUCUCAAUCGGCAAAUAUCUAAGACCCAGUCCCUACUCAGACGUCACUGACCAAGUAACUCACCCUUGUAACCCCAACCCGUGCCAGAAGUCCAGGAUAUGUGAGAUCAACAGAACAUGUUAUGCUGCUUCCCUUGAUGGCUGUGAGCGUCACACCUGUUACCCAGGAUGUCGUCUUGGAGAGGCAUCAACAUUUCUUGUGAGGAUGGGAGAAUAUGCUAAAGUGCCAGUGGAGUCAGGCCAAGAUGGCUGCUUUAGGGUGUGUCAUUGUGGAAGUGAUGGAAAGCUGUCUAGAUGUACAAAUCUUGAAUGUGUAUACAAGAGAACAUGCGCUGUUAAAGGUCUACAAAAGCCAAAAGAACAUGGAGAGAGAUUUGCGAUUGGGAGGAACUUCUGUGCAUGCUUUGCUGGCGAGUUGAUGUGCACAAGAAAGACAAUUCAGCAAGGCCUAUCUAUGGAGUUCAUCAGCACAAAUGACUCUCUUCCUUGUGGCUGCCCUGCAACACAUGAUCCUGUGUGCGCAAGGGAUGGUAGAACCUACCCUAACGCAUGUAUUGCUAGAUGUUCUGGGUUGAAGCCCAACCAAUAUUCAGAGGGAAACUGUGCGUCAAUUGACCCCUGCAAAGACAACCCGUGUGACAAGGGACAAAGGUGUAUAAUUGCCCGGAAGUCUUGCAUCUCUACCAAUGAACCAUGUGUUCAAUAUUUUUGUGUUGCAGCAAGUUCUUAUUGUAAGGACAUGCAACUUGAGCCUGUGUGUGACACAGAUGGCCAGCAGCAUCCAAAUCUGUGCUCUCUUCACUUCCAAGGGAAGAAAUUGGCUUAUAAAGGAUUUUGCAAGUCCUACUGCAAAUCCCCAACUAAGCCAGUAUGUGGUGUGAACGGAGAAACCUACAGCAGCAUCUGUGGAGCGCACUCCGCCCGAGUGGUUGUGGACUAUGAGGGACCAUGCAGAGCAAUUGGUUAUGGACAAGUUAAAGAGGACACAUCCAGGUGUGCCAAUGUGGAGUGCCCCAAGCGGGUACCUGGAAACUGCAAGGGGGUCCACCCCCCUGGGGCUUGCUGCAUGCAGUGUGCUGCCCAGCUAAGAGUACUGGUCAGUCAGACACAGCUAACUAUCAACAGCCAAGGGUUCCGUAACUAUGGCCCCAUUACCCUGGAGCAUCUACUGGUGGCACUCCGGCGGCAUGUCACUACGUCUGAGUGUGACCUGUUUGGCUAUCAAAGUAUUGAGGGAGAUGUGGUUGUUCUUAUAAUGGCUGUAACACUCAAGCCCACCAUGUUACAGAUUGAAGCAUGCAGUUUGGAGGCACAAAAGAUAGAGGCUUCGAUCAACACCGAAAGCCCAUCAUUUACCUCAGAUGUUCUACUCUCUACACUAAAAGGUGCCCAGACAGACACGCCUUCCUUGUCCGCAAUGACACAAGCAUCAAGUACAUCAUCAAUCAAAUUUAUUCACCUAUUAGGUGCUUUGCUGCACACCUAUUUUAUUACAAAUUUGGUGCUGAGCAGUUAGCAUCAAAUGUAAAUUAGAUAGCGUGAAAUUAUUUUUAUGAUAAAAAACUAAACUAAAAUAUAAAUUCUGGUAUUGUAAAGACAAAAUCAGAGCAUAUCAGUUUCUGGAUAAAAUAUUAUAACCAAUGAAAAUGUACAGUAUUAUAUAGUAUAUAUUUUGUAAAAAUAAUUACUACUGUAUUUGACAUGUUAUGUUUUGUUUUACAACAAACAAAAUCACAAUCCAAGGCAUUUAAAGAAUGAAAAAAAAUUCAAUAAAAUACUGGGUGGCUUUAUGAUUUACGUCAUCCACAACUAUUUUUAAUUUGGCCGUCUAGUGAUCUUUAUUAAAGAUAUUAUUGCAGAUUUAAAAAAAAAA